AUGGCCCAACAGAUACCAGUUCUUCUACUGAAGACGAAGUCCUCACCAUCCGAUAGCUACGAGGAGCGCCUUCGUGCCUUGGAUAAUGGGCGCUUCAGCCCAGAAUUCGCUCCGGUGCUAGAACAUCGAUUUCGAAGACAGUCAUUACAAGAAAUAGCGGACGUCUAUAAAAAAGGGGACCUUGGGCUUUCACCCAAGCACGAUGGCUCAUCUCCGAAGUACGGCGGGAUCAUCUUCACAUCGCAACGCGCCGUGGAGGCUUUCUCGCAGGUCAUCAAUACUCUUCGACUGUACGGCGCGACCAACGCUCUCUUGCCAAACGACGUGCCUUUUUAUGUGGUCGGACCGGCGACUUCUCGCGCUCUUGCGGCGCUCCAACUUGACAAUGCCAUCGUUGGAGAGGAGACAGGCAACGGAGAGGCGCUUGCCUCAUUCAUACUCCAGCAUUACAACGCGUUGCUGCAGAAACAGAACUCCCUCCCCGUCAAGCCGGCUUUGCUGUUCCUUGUUGGCGAGCAGAGGCGCGACGUCGUUCCGAAAACUCUCCAGAGCGAACGGAUCGACCCCGCGCUUCGGAUCGCGGUGGACGAGAUUGUGGUGUACGAGACGACCGAGAUGAAGUCUUUCAAAUCGGAUUUUGCAGAGAAGUAUCUCAAAGGCGUCGUCGAUGGCUGCACGUACCAGUGGGUCGUUGUAUUCUCUCCCACGGGAUGCAAGGCCAUGUUCGAGGCCCUCGGCUUGCUCGACCAGAAUACGGGCAAGUACAAGGACAAGAUAAAGAGACCAUUCAUAGCCACCAUCGGCCCGACGACGCGGGACUACCUCGUCAGGGAGUUCUCGUUCGAACCUGACGUUUGUGCGGAGCAACCCAGCCCAGAAGGUGUUUGCGCAGGCAUCUCCGCCUACAUGGCGAAGCUGAUGGCGCCCGUCGCAGAUGGGAUGGAUGUCGACAGUGUGUCUUUGAGGAAGAGGCAAAGGACAGACUGA